CACUGCUUACUCGGGGCUGCUUUUCCAGUUAACAAAAGCUGAAAUGAUAGUCUACUUCAAACCCACACACUGCUUCCUUCACCCUAACAUAAAUCACACAGUCACUCAGGCAUUAGCGAUGUCAGCCCCAUCCAAAUUUUUUUCAGCCGUAUUUUUUUCUGGAUUCAUGGUGUCACUGGUGAAAAACCGCAGAUAAUUUCUCUCCGCGCUCAAAAGCACCUCGUUACAGCCAGGGUAACAGAUGCUGUAUACGCGACUCGUGUCGUUUUCGGUGCAUAUUUAGAAAUUUUCCUCUGCAUAAAAGCUGAAGCCAGUAUUUCCCCUAUAGCCAGGCGGAGAAUGGCGCGAUACUAAUGCAUUCUUUCUACAGAUGGAUAAAUUACGUAAAGGAUCUCCAGCCGGGGAAAUCAUAAGCAAGGCGCUCUAACGUUUGCUUAGUACUAAACGCUGCUCGCAUCACUCUCUUCGUCUGCUUAGUUAUUUAUCGGUAAAGCUGUUCUGUGCAGCGCAGGCAAACUGCGGACACGGUGGAAAAGAAUCUCGGCUCUAUUGAUCGAGGAAGAAGUUCGCUGCGGAACGCGGCUCUUCGUGAGAAGAUCGGGAGACUCAAAGUGGACGCUUGCUCUUUCUGCCAGAGCAUCAUUACAUAGGAUGCUUUGUGACAGACGACUUCUCAGACACUGCGAUCUGGGGUGACACGAUAAAUUAAGAAGACUCUCAAUUUGACCAAAAAAAAAAAAAAAGUAGGAUCGGGAUUUUUUGGAAGCCUUUUAAUGGCCAGCUUGGACUCAAGGGUCCAAUUUCGUGUUGCAUCCCUCAAUGUCUGCCUCUCGUUCUUAUUUUAAAAAGCAUCCCUUUAGAUGCUCUUUUGACAUCAUCCUGGAAUAAUAACACACUAUAAAGAAGCAGAAGAAAACCAAGAAUAAAAGCUGCAACUGCAUUUUUCUGCUUUUUUUGCAAAUAAAGAAACUGAUUUUUUUUCUUUCCUUCAGUCCUUUAUUUGUACACGUGUAUAUUUUAAAAAUAAAAUUCCGGCUAUCAAGCAAUAAAAAAAGCCAUGCAAGUCUCCAUCGCUUGCACAGAUCACAAUCUGAAGACUCGCAACGGAGAUGACAGGCACAGCAAACCGAACGCCAGUAGUCCCAAUGUGGUAAACGCAGCCCGGGCGAAAUUCCGGACGGUGGCGAUCAUUGCCAGAAGUUUAGGAUCUUUUACUCCCAAGCAUCACAUAUCGUUAAAGGAAUCAACUGCCAAGCUCACGGGAAUGAAAUACAGAAAUCUGGGAAAAUCAGGACUCCGAGUAUCGUGCUUAGGACUUGGAACUUGGGUAACCUUCGGAGGACAGAUUUCAGACGAGGUGGCUGAGCAGCUAAUGACAAUAGCAUAUGAAAAUGGAGUAAAUCUCUUCGAUACUGCAGAGGUUUAUGCUGCUGGCAAAGCUGAGUUUAUUUUGGGAAACAUCAUCAAGAAAAAAGGCUGGAGGAGAUCCAGCCUGGUGAUAACAACCAAGCUAUACUGGGGUGGAAAAGCAGAAACAGAGAGAGGCCUUUCCAGAAAACACAUCAUUGAAGGGCUAAAGGGCUCUCUUCAGAGACUUCAACUGGAGUAUGUGGAUGUCGUCUUUGCAAACCGACCAGACAAUAAUACCCCAAUGGAAGAAAUCGUCAGAGCAAUGACCUAUGUGAUAAACCAGGGAAUGGCUAUGUACUGGGGAACCUCACGAUGGAGUGCCAUGGAGAUCAUGGAGGCUUAUUCUGUAGCACGGCAGUUUAACAUGAUACCGCCAGUGUGUGAGCAAGCUGAGUACCACCUCUUCCAGCGUGAAAAGGUUGAAGUUCAGCUUCCAGAACUUUAUCACAAAAUAGGUGUGGGAGCAAUGACUUGGUCACCUCUAGCUUGUGGUAUCAUCUCAGGGAAAUACGAGAAUGGAGUUCCAGACAGUUCAAGAGCAUCAAUGAAGUCAUACCAAUGGUUGAAAGACAAGAUUUUAAGUGAAGAUGGAAGAAGACAGCAAGCUAAGCUCAAGGAGCUUUCCCAGAUUGCAGAAAGGCUUGGAUGCACAUUACCUCAGCUGGCAGUCGCUUGGUGUCUCCGGAAUGAGGGGGUGAGCUCUGUCCUCUUAGGGACCUCCAAACCAGAGCAACUGACUGAAAACCUUGGUGCUAUACAGGUUCUUCCAAAGAUGACGUCUCACAUUGCUGGUGAAAUUGAUCACAUAUUGGGUAACAAACCUUACACCAAGAAGGACUACAGGUCAUAAAUGGAAAACUGUGAAGUCUGGCAAGAUGAAAGAAAAACAUCUGCAAAGUUCCAUCAGUACUUUGUAUCGAACAUCAUGAGGUCCGUAUCUGAUGAACACCACUCCCUUGCCAUUUGCUGCUCAGUCCUGGUGUAAAAGCAGGAUUCCUGGUAGCUGCAUGCUGUUGUUGAGGUGAAUGUGUGCCUAAAUUUAAAACAAAAGCACAUCUUAACAAGAAAAGCAAGACAUAAGCAAAUUCUUGUAUUUUCUUCAGAAUUAUAACUGCAUUUAGCUUCUUUCGUGCUCAUGCAAUGUGUAACGAAACAGAUUUUUUGCCAUAGGAAAGGCCCCCUUUUCUCCUUCAGGUCGUUCCCCAGCUACUGUGCUCUUUCUUAUAAACGAUUAGCUACAAUCAGGGAUAUAAAGGUCAUUGGCAACACAAAUACAAUUGGUAGAAAUUCUGCUUAUCCUUUGCCAUAAUGCAGUGAGCUUUAAACAGAUGAUGCAGAUAAAGAAUUGAAUUAGCCAUAUGUAGAUUUAUUUAUAACUAUAAAUACGUGUAUUUUUUUGUGCGUGUGCAGAUGUAAAGACCGGACAGUGCUUAGUCUGGGUAUGCGUUAGAAGUCUGCCUUGAAUGGGAAACUUUGCUUGCAAGACGCAGGAUGUAUUGUUACUGCGAUGGAAGGAAUGUAUUAGGAAUAUUAGCAUAAAGUGCAGUUGUGCACAAAGCUGAAAGGGUCAUAACGCUCCAUUUCCAGCCAUCUGGUUAGGCAGCGAUGCAUGUCUGGGGAGUUCUUGUUUGUUUAUAUCCAGGGUAUUUCAAUCAAAAAAAAUGUUUCUUUUAAUUUAGACCAAUCCUGGUUCACCAUUCCUGUCCAUAUUGAAACGUAUUCUCUGUACAGGUGGUCAAAAAUAAUACAAAUAAUGUGUACAUGACUUUCUUCUCUUUUGCUUUCCGUUUAUCAUGCUACAGAAAAAUGUAAUUUCCAAUUCUGUGGUCCUGUUUUUGAAUAUAUUCGUUUGUGUCAGAUGCAUAGCAAACACUUAUUAUUGUACCUGCAAAGAAACUCGAAAACAUCUCAAGAGCAGAACUCAAUGAGGUCGUAAUCUAAGAGUUAGAGCUGUGGCUCAGUUGUAACAGGCAGUCAAUGGUGGAGGGGAAAAUAAAGCACGCUUAUAUAUGUAGUGUUGGUUUAGGUACACACAUGUAAAACUUAACAUUUUUCAUAUUUUGUUCCUUCUCUUUUUGAAACAUCUCUUGAUUUGGUACUUCUACAUUUACUGUACAGAGUGCCUUGAAUAGACGAGGAGUAUUUCUGUUGGCUUAAAUACGGAAAACUGUCCUUGCAAUGAGAACUCAAAUGGUUUCAUCUAUUAUAUACUGUAAAUGAGUUAGUACAAAAAUAUAUACUGUAUCCUUUGUUUUUUACAACUUGUAAAACAGGACUGUAAAAAGUUAAAAAAAAAA